UAGCUAGUGUUGGCGGCACAUUAACACAUUCACACUUGCGUAGUUGCAAAUUACUAGUCGGGGAUCGAAUCAGAUAAAUCAAUGUCGUUUUUGUUUGUUUAAUAAUUUGUCAAACUAUUUAAUCGUUAUAAAAUAGCUGGGUGUAAACGAAUAGUAAAUGUAGGCCAGCCCGAGGCGUCUUCAAAGGAAAUAGCAAUUCCGGCCUGAAUGUGAUUGUAUAAAUGUCGUAAGAGUGUGUGUUUUUCUAUGCGUGAGAAAGUAAUAACUGCACAUUGGAUAAAAUUGCGCAGCAAAACUGAAAAGGAUAUACAGUUAGAGUUCUAUCAAUAAAUAUGGCUCGCGAUACUCAAGGCACCCAAGGAGCCACACAAAGUCAGGCAUCCAAUAUCUGGACACAAGUGGAAAGCCAGCCCAUGGAAACAGUUAUAUGGGGCCGAUUAUAUGGCAAGAAUAUCAAGAUCAAGUCCCUGGGUACGCGUAGAAAAUAUAAAAUUAUAUAUACGAAUUCGUCCCUGUCGAUUGAUUUAAACAACGAAGAAUUCACUGCCGGAAGGGGAGAGUCCAAUGAUCUAAUCCUUACACUUAAUGAUUUGCCGGAGAAAAUCCUGACUCGUAUAUCCAAAGUGCAUUUUAUAAUUAAGCGAGAUAAUUGCGAGCUAACCAAUCCGGUGUAUAUUCAGGAUCUCUCACGAAAUGGUACUUUUGUGAACAACGAAAAAAUUGGGAUGAAUAAGAAAAGAAUUCUUAAGAACGAUGAUAUAAUAUCACUCUCGCAUCCCACAUAUAAAGCCUUUGUGUUCAAGGACCUUAGCCCGAAUGAGGCCAUAGGACUACCCGAAGAGAUUACAAGAACCUAUUAUAUAAAUCGCAAGCUGGGCUCUGGUGCCUAUGGUUUAGUGCGUUUGGUCUAUGAGACUCGCACCUGCGAACAGUUCGCCAUGAAAAUUGUUAAGAAAAACAUGUUAACCGGAAGUGCGCAGCCCACAUCCAACCUUAGUGACCCAGAACGUGUGCUAAACGAGGCAAAGAUUAUGAAAAACCUCACGCAUCCUUGUGUGGUGCGAAUGCACGAUAUCGUGGACAAACCAGACUCUGUAUAUAUGGUGCUUGAAUUUAUGCGCGGCGGAGACUUGCUUCAUCGCAUCAUCAGUAAGAAGCUGCUCUCCGAGGAAACUUCGAAACUAUACUUCUACCAAAUGUGUCAGGCUGUUAAAUAUUUGCACGACCGAGGCAUCACUCAUCGGGAUUUGAAGCCGGACAAUGUUCUAUUGGAGUCCAAUGACGAAGAUACUCUUCUGAAAGUAUCCGAUUUUGGCCUAAGCAAAUUUGUUCAAAAGGAUUCGGUAAUGAGGACACUAUGCGGCACUCCGCUCUAUGUGGCGCCCGAAGUCUUGAGUACUGGCGGCAGAGCUGCUUAUACCAAAAAGGUGGACAUUUGGAGCUUGGGUGUAGUACUCUUCACUUGUCUAAGUGGAACACUGCCCUUCUCCGAUGAGUAUGGCACUCCAGCUGCCGAACAAAUCAAAAGGGGUAAGUUUGCCUUUAGACAUCCUGCCUGGAAGAUGGUCUCGCAACGCGCAAAAACUCUAAUCAACCAAAUGCUCAUUGUGGAUCCCGAGAAGCGACCCUCAAUCGAUGCCGUUCUGCAGUGCUCCUGGCUUAGAGACAACGAAAUGUUUCUCAAGGCCAGGCGGCUAAUGAAACUAGAUCACAUGGAAAUCGAAGAAGAGGAGAACAAUUUCCUUGAACCGCCCACCAAGCGAUCGCGGCGCUAAUCAAUGGAUACGUGUUUUAAUUUUCUGGCAAAAUUAAGCAAUUGCUAAAAAAUAAUAUAUAUAUACUCAAGCACUGCUUGCAUUAACAUUCACAUUACACAAGUUCAACAUUUAGUUAUAGAAUUAAUUCUUACAUUACAAUGAGGUACAAUUACUUUAAGUUAUCCGUUAAUUGUUUAGUAACUAAACAUGACUCUUGUUAUACCGUAUAACUUUUACAAAAAAGAAGAAAUAUUUUUGGACCCCAUAGCAAAUUUGCCUACGGUUUUUUUUUUUUUUAAGAAAGAUCAAAUAUACUUUUGAAUUAUAUUCAUAAAGACAUGAA